AUGCCGAAUGAAGAGUCACAUAAGCGAAUGAUGACAUAUCUUUCACAAUUCGGAUUAUAUGGAGCGACGUUUCUUUGCGGAUUUAAGGUGAUAUCGGCACUGAUAUCGACAUUGAUUGAGCGUUGGAGGCCCGAAACGCAUAUGUUUCAUUUUUCUUGUGGUGAAGUGACGAUAACAUUGGAUGAUGUCGCUUAUCAACUUGGCGUUCCGAUUAAUGGUAUGUCAUUGGUGCUUCGCGACACUUAUUCGCUAAAUGUUGUUAUUUCAAAUUUAUUGGGAAAUGAGGCUCCAGCCGAUGUCAUUGAUGGGUUGUGGAUACGGAUGACGUGGUUGGAAAGAGAAUUUAGAGUAGAUGAACAAUCAAUGGAGCAAGAGGUGAUAUACAACUCGAGCAUAUCUUAUGACGUUAAUUGGAGGGAUCUUGCUACGGGAUAA